UUGUUUACUUUUUUGGAGUUUAUUGAGUCAUUCUUUUCUAAGUAAGCUAAGGCCAUAGAAGAAGGACAGUAUGUCUAAAAAGACCCGCUAUAUGCGACUGGAGACUGACCCAGAGUCCAGUCAGUCCAGUGAUGAUGAUGCUCCUCCUACUCAUAUCCCUUUACACUCUUCACAAUAUGUGAAAGAGAGCAAGUGGAACCAUAUUGAAAAUUUAGAUGAGUUCUUUGAUUGGGUUUACCAAUAUUUAAUUAAUCAUGGAUUAUUUGCUAUUGUUUUGAAUGAUAUUCUUGAACUGGGUCAAUUUGCUUUUCUCUGUAUCUUCUCUGCAUUCUUGAUCACUUGCAUUAACUUUAAGAACCUCUUUGCUGAUGAUGUCUACACCAAUGAAACUGGAGUGAAGGACGUGGCAUUUGGAGAUGUGAUUGAAAUAGACAGACUAGAACAUAUAAAUCCUCUUCUUGUCUUGAUAUUAUUUUUUGCUUUUAUUUUCUGGUUUCAUCGACUUUGUAAAACCAUUUGGAGGUUUUUCAAGUUCCUCGGCAUAAGAAGAUUUUACAUUGAGGCUCUUGAUAUUCCUCCUAGUGACUUACGUAAUUAUAAUUGGAGAGAUGUCCUGGAGAGACUGAAAUCAGCUCAGAAUACACACAAGAUGAACAUAAGGAAGCAAGAACUGACUGAAAUUGAUGUGUAUCACAGAAUAUUGAGGUUUAAGAACUACAUGGUGGCAAUGAUCAAUAAAGAUGUCCUUUCCUAUAAGAUAUGGAUUCCAUUUUAUGGAGAAAAAGUUUUCUUUACGAUGGGUCUAAAGUAUAAUUAUGAGCUAUUGCUCUUUUGGGGACCCGGAGCACCUUUUAAAAACAACUACCAUCUUCACGAAGAAUACAAGACUGCUGCCAAAAAAUAUGAACUGAUCCAAAAGCUGAGAUUUCGCAUUACAGUCCUAGCUCUUGUUAAUCUUGUUUUCUCUCCUUUCAUCUUUCUCUAUCAAAUAUUAUACUCAUUCUUCACCUAUGCAGAGCUCCUGAAGCGACAACCUGGUGUCUUUGGUCGUCGCCGUUGGUCAUUGUUUGGGAAGAUAUUCCUGAGACAUUUCAACGAGUUGGAUCAUGAACUGAUUGUCAGACUCAACAGAGCUUACCUACCAGCUGGUAAAUAUAUGGACCUGUUUGUACUACCAGUGGCUACAAUACUGGCCAGGAACGUUGCAUUUGUUGCUGGUUCAUUGCUAGCAGUGUUAUUCACACUGACAGUAAUUCAAGAGGAUUUACUGACAGCUCACAAUAUACUGACUGCCAUCACUGGACUGGGUGUCAUUGUAACACUAUGUAGGAUCUUUAUUCCUAACGAACAUCAGACAAGAGAUCCUAAAGAACUAAUGACAGAAAUACUUGAAGAGAUACACUACAUGCCUGAUCUGUGGAAAGAGAAACCCCACACUGUACAAGUGAGCAGUCAGUUCAGUCAAGUAUUCCAACUGACCAUUGCCUAUUUGAUUGAUGAGCUCUUAAGUCCACUGGUUACUCCUUUCAUCCUUUACUUCUCAUUGAGGAACAAGUCCCAGGAUAUUAUUGACUUCUUAAGGAACUUCACCAUUGAUGUCUCAGGUGUUGGUGAUGUGUGCUCAUUUGCAGAAAUGAAUUUACGUAAACAUGGCCACUCUGAAUGGCAGCAGAAUUCCCAGUUAGCUCGUUCCACAGAUUACGAACGAUCUGAGUUGGGAAAGACUGAAAUAUCUCUGUUAAACUUUACUCAAAAGAAUCCAAACUGGGAGGCUGGAGAAGAUGCUGACACUUUUCUGACUCAACUAAAAGAAUCAGUGGAGGAGCUUCAUUCUUCACAACAGCAGCAGCAGCAACAGUCCCUCACUCUAUCAAGAGAGGAUAGUCCUCCUCCUCUUUCACUGUCUAGUCAUCAGUUUGGAGUCAGUAGACUCCAAGGCUCCAUGGACACUUCAAUCUGGGCAUCAUUUACCAGUGCCAAUGAUGAAGCCUCUUCUUUAACUCCAUUAAAGUUACACCAGGUCCACGAUGUCAUGAAGACUUCUCAUGGUCAGGGCUCAUCAUCAUCAGCAGCUCCUCCUCCUCCUCCUAUUGGUUCUAUUGUUCCUUCCUAUCAUCCUCCUCCUCCUCAGCCCCAAGAGGUUGCUCUCACUGUCUAUGACCAUUGCCUACCAAGUGACUCCUCACUGAGUUCUGCUGAUAUAAGACUUGAGUCCACCAUUGGACACACUCCCUCAUCAACUGCUGGAGGUUUAACUGAGCCUUUCCUUCCAAGAGACUCUGAGCCUCCACCUCAAACUUAAGCUCAUCAUUUUAAAUGUGCAAGAUACAUUAUUAUUAUCCUAUAGUUGAGUUCAUUUUAUUUUUAUUGUGAUUUUAUUAGAGCUUUGGCCAAUGGAGUACAAUAUACAAUAUAUGAUACUUUUCUCAUCAGUACAGAAUAAUUAUAGUUGAUUUAUUUAUUGAGAA